UUAAUGCAAUAAUUAAAAGUUUAACCAAAGAGGGGCCAAGUAUUAUAUGUGUUUUCCUCAAAAACGCAACGGUUAGUGUUGUGGACUUGGAGCAACGAAUAUAUUUUGUUUAAAGGUGUAUUUUGCUGAUAGGCGCAGUUUUGAUUUGGAAUUCAAACGUUCAAUAUGACGACCAAGGAGUUGUUGCCAAACGACAGAAGAGGAGUUAGAGCAGCUUUUGGAAAAUCCGACAAAGACGUCGACGGCGAUAUCGAGAUCAUUAGGAAUUGGGUCAAAAGUCAACCUCAUCUACCUGAGAUGCCAAGUGGUAAUAUGAUCGAGUUUUUUCUUGCUAUAAACAAGUUCAGCAUCGAGAGAACCAAACAGAAGCUGGACAUGUACUACACUAUUAGGCCUCUCAUCCCUGAAAUUUAUGAUCAUUGCAAUCUUCGCAUACCUCAAAUGCAAGGCGAUAAUGCUGGAGUUUUCGUCGCCCUCCCGAAGCAAACUAAAGAUCUGUACAGGGUGUACAUACUAAAAAUAAGAGGCGAGGAUUUCGAUAUUUAUCAGUUCUUGGCCCAUAUAUACAACUUAAUGGAAAUCGCAUUUCAAUACGACAUUGCGCAAGGCCUACUCUUCGUCGUCGACCACACGGACUUGACUAUGAGCCACGUGAUGAAAAUGACACCGUCAGCCGUAAAGAGGCUAACUAUCGUUUUGGAAAGAGUGUAUUCCAACCGUCUGAAAGGCAUACACGCAAUCAACUACCCUCCCUUUAUAGACAUUCUGCUGGCUAUCUGCAAAACCGCUUUCAAGCCUAAGCUUUUCGCUAGGAUUCAUCUCCACAAUAGUCUCGAGGAACUAUAUGAACACGUACCCAGGGAAAUUUUACCCGUAGACUAUGGUGGUGAAGAGCUUUCGGUGCAAGAACUGAACGAAUUGUGGAAAAAAUGUUUAAGAGAGAACUCCGAGAGAUUCGACAAACUGGCAAAAAUGAAAGUUAACGAAGAACUUCGACCAGCUCCCUUGGACAACGACGACAUAUUAGGAUAUCACGGGAAUUUCAAAAAAUUGGAUGUUGAAAACAUGAUACCAAAAGAUCUUCUGGUGACCAAUAGGAAGGCAGUUAUAGCAACAUUUGGUAAAACAGAGAGAGAUGUUACCACGGACAUAGGUAUAAUCAAAAAUUGGUUCAGAUCACAACAACAUCUACCCGAAAGUCCAAGUGACGCAGUGAUCGAAAUGUUUUUGGUAACGAACAAGUUCAGCAUCGAAAGAACGAAGCAGAAAUUGGACAUGUAUUACACUAUUAGAACCCUUAUUCCAGAGAUCUACUCAAACAUCAACCCUCGUUUACCUCGCAUGCAACAAGUGUAUGAAAUGGGUUAUUGCAUUCCUCUUCCAAAGCUAACUGAAGGGCUGUGCAGGGUGAAUGUCAUGAAGCUGAUGUCGACGGUAGAAAAGUUUGAUACGUACAUAUUCUUCUCGCAUCAGAUAAACGUCCUCGAGGUUAGGACUCAGGAGGAUUUGGCACUUGGGGAUGUUGUCAUAGCAGAUCUGGAGCACCUCAAAAUGGGGCACUUGGCAAAGGUGUCGCCCAUGCAUCUGAAGAAGGCCACCACUAUUCUUGAGAAAGUUUUCUCUAACCGCAUAAAACGAAUUCACAUAAUCAACUACCCCGGCUAUAUCGAUGUGCUGAUUAACAUAUGCAAGGCUGUUAUGAAACCGAAAAUUUUCGACAGGAUCAAACUACAUUCCACAUAUGAAGGACUCUACGACUAUAUUCCACGAAAGUUGUUGCCCGAAGACUAUGGAGGAGAACAACUAUCUUUAGAGGAAUUAAAUGAAUUGUGGAAGGCAAAGUUGGUACAAUAUUCCGAAAGAUUCGACAAAUUGGACAAAAUGAGAGUCAACGAAAACCUGCGCCCAGCGCCAUUGCAAAACCAUGAGGUGUUGGGAUAUCACGGAAAUUUUAAACAGUUGGAUGUAGACUGAGUUAUUUUCAAGAACGUAAUAUACAAAAAUACAACACCAAUUCAUUAAAUAAAUGUACACAAUUGAAA